AUGGCGGACGUAGCGAGCCGACUUCUAGAUGAUGGGUUCCGUUUUGCCACACAAGCAGUAGCUUGUGAUCAAAAGGGAGAAUUCCAAUCAGCAACUUUCUUUUAUAUCGAGGCUGCAAAUUCUUUGCACAAGGCAUCGUCCUAUGACAAURCUUUAGAAGUAAGAGAAAAAGCUCUCGAAUAUGUCGAGAGGGCUGAAGUUUUACGAAGACAGCAAGCAGGUCAGCAGCAGGUUUUUGGUCCCCUUAAAACCUCAGAACAGAAUGCUAUUGACAARGCAAAGUUCCUACUAAACCAGGCUUUGCUUGAAGAUGAAAAGGGUAAUAAAACUGAAGCAUUAGACUUGUAUGGAGAUGCAACAGAGCUGUGCCUGGAUGCUAGCAAGCCAUUACCUGAACAACAUCCUCUAAAAGCUAAGUUUAAUUAUUUAGCAAGGCAAGCUUUAGAAAGAGCAGAGGCACUCAAAAGGAUUCAAGAAGGUAGUAAGCCACCAAGCACUAAUAAGCCAUUGCCAGUCACAAAAGACUUUGCAAGUAUUAAUUUAGARGAUUCUCCAAAACCUCAAUCCGAGCCUGCUUCCAAAGGAAAGAAAUACACUUCACAGGAAUUAGCUGUUUUGAAGAUAACAUCUAAGAUAAAUGGAAAACUCUACCUCCCUUGGAGUGACUUGGAUUUGAAGGAACGCUUUGCAUAUCCUGYUUGCUUUACGGACAAAGAUGGUGCCUUGCCUCUUUCCCCAAAGCAAAAAAGUCAAUUUGGAGACUGGGCCAGACCCACUGAUAUAUAUGAUAAUCCUGAGAUGAUCUACGCUAUUUCAAGCUUCAAUGUAAAACAGACUAUAGUAUCAGAUUGUUCAUUUGUAUCAUCCUUGGCAAUAAGUGCAGCUUAUGAACGUGACUUUAAGAAGAGAAUCAUYACAAGCAUAAUAUACCCUCAGAAUCGAGAUGGAAAGCCAAUUAUCAACCCUUCAGGAAAGUACAUGAUCAAGCUAUGGUUAAAUGGAGCUCCAAGAAAGGUGAUAAUUGAUGACACACUUCCAAUGGGAAAAGAUGGUAAUCUACUGUGCUCUCAUUCGACAAACAGAAAUGAAAUGUGGAUUAGUCUUAUUGAAAAAGCCUACAUGAAAGUGAUGGGUGGUUAUGAUUUUCCAGGAUCUAACUCGAGUAUUGAUCUUUAUGCACUGACUGGCUGGAUCCCAGAGCGAAUGUCUAUCAAGAGAAACAACCCCGAUUUCAAAGAAGGAUUGCAGUUUGACAGACUGAUGAGRGGACUUCGACAAGGUGACUGCUUGCUGACAGUUGCCACAGGCAACAUGACAGAAGACGAAGGAUACCGAGCAGGCCUGGUGCCUACUCACGCUUAUGCCGUCCUUGACAUACGAAAAGCUCARGGGCGCCGUUUUCUUAUGCUGAAAAAUCCGUGGAGUCACAUGCGUUGGAAGGGGAAAUUCUCUGAACGUGACGCUGACAGUUGGACACCAGAGCUUGAACGAGCUUUGCACUACAAUAGGAAAAGAGCCUUAGAGUACGAUGACGGUGUAUUUUGGAUCGARUGGGAAACACUGAUGCAUUUUUUUGAUGUUGUGUACAUGAACUGGAAUCCGAAACUCUUUAAACAUCGUUACACCACGCAUGCAACUUGGGAAGCCAAAGAAGGACCGGUGAAAGACGCAUAUAACAUUGGUGACAACCCUCAGUACAAACUUGCAGUCAACUCGAAAGCGGACAGUGUAGUGUGGAUCCUAUUAAUAAGACAUAUCACUCAAAAGGAUGACUUCGCUGUGAACAAAGAGUUCAUCACUGUUCAUGUUUACAAGUCAGAUGGGAAGCGAAUCUACUAUCCUGGUGACCCUUACCUGGAAGGGACGAAGAUCAAUAGCCCAUUUUAUUUGGCCAAGUUGAACGUGCCUGCAGGAAAAAAUAUGUUUAACCUGAUUGUAUCACAGUAUGAGAAAACCAACACCAUCCACUACACUCUUAGGGUCUUUUCGUCCAAUGAAUUCCAACUUUCUCCUGUUGCGGAUCCUUACAAGUUCGAACAGAAGGUGAACGGCAGCUGGACAUCAGCGACCGCGGGCGGCUGUCCAAACUAUUCUACACAUACAAAAAACCCCGUAUACAGCCUUGACUUAAGACCAGCUAUUACAUCAAACCCUGCAGAAGUUGUUAUAAAGCUACUUGCUCCCAAGCAAUUUUCUGUUGGUGUUAUGAUGAGGUCUGUGGAGAAAACGGGGUCUGGUAAACCUGUUUUUGAAGCUCUCUCGGAUUGUUACAGGCCUGGCUUUUUUGUGAACCAACUGUCCAAUGUACCUGCAGGCUCAUAUCAGUUAGUUCCAUCGACUUUUCUACCAAAUCAAGAAGGACCCUUCUUCUUGUCUGUCGGCGCAAGCUGCAAAUUCUCCUUGAAGAAAUUAUGACGAAGGACGAGUGGACUUUUGACUCCUAGUCCACUUCGUCGAGAGGUCUAAUUUGUUUGGUUUAAAAUUACUGCAAAACAGAAGAGUUGCGAUUCUCACUGAAUUUCUUAUCGGUAUGCGGAAAAAUCACAAGAUGUGUUUCAUCAUAAUGGCGGGCAUAUUGUUUUUUUUUCAGUGCUGUGAUGACCGCAGGAAAGUCGUUGAAUUAGCCAAUCGAAUAGCCGACUUGCGAAUUACGCAUCAAUAGUCACAUACAAAGGAAUCAAGACGGCGCCUCGUCUUG